GGGAGCCCGGCUCAAGAUGGCGGCCGAUAGCGAGCCCGAGUCGGAGGUCUUCGAGAUCACAGACUUCACCACGGCCUCGGAGUGGGAGAGGUUUAUCUCCAAAGUAGAAGAAGUGCUCAAUGACUGGAAACUGAUUGGAAGCUGUCUGGGAAGGCCACUUGAAAAGGGUAUAUUUACCUCUGGCAUAUGGGAAGAGAGAUCAGAUGAAAUUUCCUUUGCUGACUUCAAGUUCUCAGUCACUCAUCAUUAUCUUGUACAAGAGUCUACUGAUAAGGAAGGAAAGGAUGAAGAACUAGAGGAUGCUAUUCCACAAGCUAUGCAAGAUUUGUUGUGCAUGAAUAAUGACUUUCCUCCAAGAGCACAUUGCCUGGUAAGAUGGUAUGGCCUGCGGGAGUUUGUGGUGAUUGCUCCUGCUGCACACAGUGAUGCGGUUCUCAGUGAGUCCAAAUGCAAUCUCCUUCUCAGCUCCGUCUCCAUGGCUCUGGGGAACACUGGCUGCCAGGUACCACUCUUUGUGCAAAUUCAUCACAAGUGGCGACGAAUGUAUGUGGGAGAAUGUCAAGGUCCUGGUGUCCGAACUGACUUUGAGAUGGUUCAUCUUCGAAAAGUGCCAAAUCAGUACACUCAUUUAUCAGGUCUGCUGGACAUCUUCAAAUCCAAGAUUGGCUGCCCUCUCACACCACUGCCUCCCGUCAGCAUUGCCGUCCGGUUCACCUACGUGCUUCAGGACUGGCAGCAGUGCUUCUGGCCUCAGCAGCCUCCAGAUAUAGAUGCCCUUGUAGGAGGAGAAGUUGGAGGCUUGGAGUUUGGCAAGUUGCCAUUUGGUGCCUGUGAAGAUCCUAUUAGUGAACUCCAUUUAGCAGCUACAUGGCCUGAUUUAACUGAAGGGAUCAUUGUGGAUAAUGAUGUUUACUCUGAUUUGGAUCCUAUUCAAGCUCCUCAUUGGUCUGUUAGAGUUCGGAAAGCUGAUAACCCCCAGUGUCUGCUAGGUGAUUUUGUCACUGAAUUUUUUAAAAUUUGCCGUCGAAAAGAAUCAUCUGAUGAAAUUCUUGGACGGUCCACAUUUGAGGAAGAAGGAAGAGAAAUUGCUGAUAUAACACAUGCUUUGUCAAAGUUGACAGAGCCAACCCCAGUUCCAAUUCAUAAAUUAUCAGUUUCAAACAUGGUACACACUGCAAAGAAGAAAAUCCGAAAGCACCGAGGAGUGGAAGAGUCGCCACUGAGUAGUGACGUCCUCAAUGCUAUUCUCUUGUUCUUAUUCCCAGAUGCUGCUUCUGAGAAGCCAUUCAAUGGAAAUACUUCCUCAGAGAAUAGUAACCCUCCACCGGAGAGCGAAGACUAUACACUCUACAAUCAGUUCAAAUCUGCACCUUCUGACAGCUUGACAUACAAACUAGCUUUGUGUCUUUGCAUGAUUAAUUUCUACCAUGGAGGACUAAAGGGAGUAGCACAUCUUUGGCAGGAAUUUGUUCUGGAAAUGCGCUUCCGAUGGGAGAACAACUUUUUGAUUCCAGGACUAGCAAGUGGGCCACCAGAUCUGAGGUGCUGUUUACUACAUCAGAAACUGCAGAUGUUGAACUGUUGCAUUGAAAGAAAGAAGGCACGGGAUGAGGGGAAAAAGACGAGCCCUUCAGAGAAUGUAGCUAACGUGUACCCAGGGGACGGUGGCAAAGCAGGAGGCUGUCUCAGAGCCGCGGAGAAGGAAAAGGGAGAGGCGGGCAAGUCCUGGGAUUCCUGGAGUGACAGUGAAGAAGAAUUUUUUGAAUGCCUGAGUGAUGCCGAAGAGCUUAAGGGAGAUGGACAAGAAAGCGGCAGGAAAGGAGCAGCUAAGGAGGUGGUGAAUCUAAAGCCAGAAGGCCGGCUGCACCAGCACGGGAGACUCACACUACUGCACAGUGGGGAGCCGCUCUACAUUCCUGUGACCCAGGAGCCAGCGCCCAUGACAGAGGACCUGCUGGAAGAGCAGUCUGAGGUUUUGGCUAAAUUAGGAACAUCUGCAGAAGGGGCUCACCUCCGUGCACGCAUGCAGAGUGCCUGCCUGCUUUCAGAUAUGGAGUCUUUUAAGGCAGCCAAUCCAGGUUGUUUUCUGGAAGAUUUUGUGAGAUGGUAUUCACCCAGAGAUUAUAUUGAAGAGGAGGUGACUGAUGAAAAGGGCAAUGUGGUUCUGAGGGGAGAGCUGAGUGCCCGAAUGAAGAUCCCUAGCAACAUGUGGGUAGAAGCCUGGGAAACAGCCAAGCCCGUUCCAGCGAGGAGGCAAAGGAGGCUGUUUGAUGACACGCGGGAGGCAGAAAAGGUACUACAUUAUCUGGCAAUGCAGAAGCCAGCAGACCUCUCUCGGCACCUGCUGCCCUGCGUGAUCCACGCAGCUGUGCUCAAGGUAAAGGAGGAAGAGAGUCUGGAGAACGUGCCUUCGGUUCAGAAGGUCAUAAAGCAGGUCAUUGCCCACUCCAGCAAGGCCCGGCACUUCCCCGGCCCAGAGGACAAGAAGCUAGAAGACAUCAUCCUUCAGAUCACCAGUGCGGAGGCUGUCAUUGCCAGAGCUCGCUCCCUGAAGGCCAAGUUCGCCACUGAGCAGUGUGAGCCGGAAGAAAAGCAAGACCUAGAGAGGUUUAUCAGCUGCCUGUUGGAGCAGCCAGAAGUGUCGGUCACUGGGGCAGGAAGAGGACACGCUGGCAGGAUCAUUCACAAGCUGUUUGUGAAUGCACAGAGGCUGACUGAAUCUUCAGAUGAGGCUGCCACCAUGGCUCCACCAGAUGACGAGCUGAAGAGACCUGGUGGCCAGGAGGAGAGAAGGCCCAGCUCGGUGUCUGACUUCCCGCCGCCUGCAGGCCGCGAGCUCAUCCUGCGAGCCUGCGUGCCUCGGCCCGCACCCUACUCCAAAGCGCUGCCGCAGCGCUUGUACAGCGUGCUCACCAAGGAGGAUUUCAGACUGGCUGGUGCCUUCUCCUCAGACACCUCCUUCUUCUAGGAGCACAGGCUCCUCGGCGGGGGCUGCAGGCGGUGCUGUCCCAGGAAGGAUGGAGAAGAGGGUGUCCCUGCCAGAGGGACUGUCCAGUGGAGCAGCGAGUCACACCAGCUUCGGGGGUGUUUGCAGCUGAGCUCAUGUUGAGGGAACAGGCUUGAGUGGCUGGAGCCUCUGUCUGAGGAGAUGACCUUGGAGUGUGGGAAGCCAGAGUCGGCACAGCUGUGUCCUCCCCGCGGCAGCCAUUCCUUCUCUGUGUGCUUGUCUGUGGACUCUUAGUAUACUUACUAUACGGAACUUGCAAGCUAGAGGUCAGCUUUUCAAACUUUACUUUGAUGGUACCUUGUAGUGCUUCUACUCUGUCCCAGAAUCCAUGUCUUUUAAUGACUAUGUGACACUAUGUAUGUGACACUCUGGUCAGCUCGAUUGUACAGAUAAAUUUGUGAUGCACAUUUGGAACGCUGAAGAAAGCCCAGGAUUUCAGUUUACUUUUCCAUGUAACUGUCAUCUUAUUCCUUCUGACAAAAUGCAUUGUCACUGAAAAUUACCUACACACACACACCAUCUAUAUAUGUGUGUGUGUGUGUGUGUAUACACAUACAUACAUACACACACAGACAUAUCUUAGAAGAUCUAUUUUCUCCUGUCCUUUUCAUUGCUAUGGAAUUUUCCAACCUGCAGUCACUCCUGUGCCCCGUUGCACGCACACCGUCCUGGGUGGUGACUGGGAGGGACUGUAUCCAGUGACGUCAGAUGAGCACACGCUGCUCCCAGUGCAGCAUUGGCCCAUGGAGACUGUCAAGCACUUAGUGUCAUUGGGGUGUGGGUAUCAUGAGAGGGCUAACUUUGGCGCACUGUUUUGCCUGUGUAUUGUAGUCAAAGCGACUUGAGGAAGGUGUAGCCCCCAGUGAAAGGACAAUAGCAUCAUAUUUCCAGUCCUGUGUCAAGACAUCUUAAGUCUGUGUGGCUCUAUGACCUCCAUUUGGUAAUUGUAAAUUAUUUUGGGACCUCAGAUUCCCACUUGUAUCCAAAGUGAAAAUGAUUAUACUGAAGUGUAAUUUCUGCCUGUGUGAUUUUAGAUAGAGCUGUGCAAAUCCUGUGCUAUUAUUUUUGUAAAAACAACAAUGUGUGUAUAGAAAUAAAUAUCUUGGGGUUGAUGCAAUGGCUCAAUGGUAAGGCGCUGGCCUACAAAGCCCAGAGACCUGGGUUUGAUUCCCUAGUACCCACAUGAAGCCAGAUGCACAAAAUGGCACAUGUGUCUGGAGUUCAUUUGCAGCCACUGGAGGCCCUGAUGCAACCAUUCUCUCUGUGUCUG